CUGUUCCAAGGAACGUUAAGUGAACUAACCUCCCUCUGUUGGGGGAAUCAUAGAAAGUCUUGGAGUAAGGUUUGGAUUCAUUACUGUAUCAGAGACAACAGUUAUCCAGGAUCCAGGACGUAUCAAUUCAGCACUUUCAUGCCCUAUUCAAUCCUUAACCUGGAGCAGAAUGGAUCCACAUGUAGAACUUCGAGAACUGUUAAUAUCGAACUAUGAAGAUUAUGGUGGAAGAUUAGGUUUAAAUAUCCCUUGGGAUUUAAAUCUUCCAGUCUUCCCAUGUACAAAUUCAUCAUGCAUUCUAGAAUACAGAGAACGCAGGAAUCUGAUGAAACGUGAAGCUUCUGAAGAGAAGGAAGAAGAAGUACCUCAGCUGAAUAAUGACGGACCUGCAGUUCUCUACCUACCCCUGGGAGGAGGGGGAGGGGGAGGAUGUCCAUCUCUAGCAGAAUCAGCUGUGGUGGGAGUUAGUCAAAUGGUUUUCUUAUGGACAGUGAUGUCCGUGUUUAAUGUUGUCGCAAAUGUUGUUGCGAAUAUCAAUAACAACCAGAACAACAACAAUAACAACAACAACAACCUACAAAUUAAUAAAAUAUCAACACAGAACACACAGAUAAGUGCAAACACGAACAACGCAAACACAAUAACGAUCAUGUUGCCGCCUCCCAUCCCUGUUCUAGCCGGAGGUCGAAGGUUGGAUGCACAACGGAGACUUAAAAGGUUUGUAGAACGAGAAAGGAAACUUGAAGAACGAAAGAAAGGAAUAUAUUCCAAGGAUCUGAACUUUCUACCAACAGCAUCGAAUAUCUUCAAGUCUGUACUGGACAGUGAUGGUCUAAUAUCUACGGAAUGUUUAGGACGUCAUCUUUGCCAUUUAUCUAAAGACGAGACUGAACAGCUUGAUUUCAAACAAUCCGUUGCACUGAAGACAAUGACAUUUGCAUUAAUGUGGAUGAAGCUCGAGGAUCGGAGCCAGUCCUUCGUUGAGUUCCUGGACAAUAUGGUGUUAGGAAACCUAGACCAAGAUCUAGACUGCGAUCUUAUUUUCUAUACUUGCUGACUUAACACACUCAAGUCAGGGGACUUCAGUCAGAGAUUAGCAUGACAAUUGAUAUUUAAAAUUAAUUGUAGAAUUUGUUUGUACCUCUUACACCUAAGAGAAGCAAACGUAUUGAAUUAAGAAACACAAAUUACCCCUGGUACCCUGGUAUUAGCUAAAUUUGCCUUUUCUUUGCUUUCAACAUUACCGGAGAUUUGAAGAAUAAAAUGCCGGGAAAAGGUAAAUUUUGUGA